CGCAUGUGAAGCCGCGAUCCGAAAUUUAUUUUUUGAUCUCGAGCAAAGAAAGCUAUACCACGACUAGUCAAUUACGCAACCCACUACAAAAAUCCACAAAACAUGUCGACAGAAACAAACACACCAAAGUCUGGCAAGACGAAAAAGAUCAAGGAGGAAAAAUCUGCAAAGAAGCGACGACACGCAGAACAGGACGAGGAGGAACAAGCAUCAGCAUCAGCACCAGCAACACAAGAGACGACACUCGAUCAAGGCUUAGCAAAGCGUCCGCGCAUCCAAUCGCCAGUCGCGGAUUCAACAAGCACACCACCUUUUGUCAAGCAAACCUCAUCCUUCUACCUCCCGCUGUCGCCAAUCUACCACGCUUUCCCCGUCGACGGCCUCUGCGCCGAGCACAUCUCCCCCCUCCUCCUCACCUACCACCCUCCCCUCCGCGGCGUCGUCCUUUCCUACAGCAACCCCCGCCUCUCAAACACCCCCGCCAACGCCCCAUCAUCCCGCGACGGCCCAGACGCAGAACCAAUCGUCCUCGCAAAAUCAAUCGACGAAUACGCAGUCUCCUUUGUCUGGCUGACCGUCGACUUUGUCCUCCUCCGCCCAACCCCCGGUGCCGUAAUCGAAGGCUACGUCAGUCUGCAGAAUGAGAGUUAUCUCGGCCUCGUAUGCUGGAAUUUCUUCAACGCCGGUGUGGAUCGUAAGCGUAUCCCCUCGAACUGGCGCUGGGUGCCAAACCACAAUGCCAAUGCUGGCACAAAGAGCGCUACCGACUGGAUGAGAGGAUUGCGUAACAAGAGUGAUGAGAGCAGUGGCCAUUACGUGGAUGAGAACGGCAAGAAGGUCGAGGGCAAGGUCAAGUUCACAGUCAAGGACUUUGAGUCAGCACCUAGCACAGAGCGCGAGCGCGGUUUCUUGAGCAUUGAGGGUACGCUACUGAGUCCCGAGGACGAUAGAGCGUAUGACAAGGAACUCAAGGCUGCUAGGAAGGUGCCGAAAAAGAAGAGAGUACCUGCUCUGCAUGUUUGAACAAGAGGGUAGUCUCAUAGAACAAGAUGUGGCUGGUUUCCUUCUAUCAUUUUCUUUCGUACAUAAGCGUUUCUACUUGUAUCCACAUACCCAUCCAUCUCUUUUGGAAAGCAUGAUUCACCGAGCCCUGUACCGA